AUGGAGCGCCAUGAAAACCGCACCGAUAGCGGAACCAGGCGCUCUACAGACGUCGCUGCUCCUGCUCGCCCGGAGCGACAGCUCCGAGGCCCCACAAGCAAAACUGCACUAAGAUUUCUUGCAGGCGCAGAAGGAGAGAAGAGUAAAGAGUGGGGAGAGUCUUGCAUUUCUCCGGCGGAGGACCCCCCCGCUGUAGCUGCUUCUGCCACUGCUGUUGAGGAGGAUGAGCUUGUAGAGGGUGAUGCUGUUGAGAAUCACCUGUUGAAGCGAGCUUCGCUUUAUGCAGUGGAGCUUAGACGAUUGAUAAGUAACAGCGAGUCUGUGUUGCGCAAGCUGGACAACCAGCUGCGAGCCAGGUGCAUAGCAGCGUUUCUGUGUUUGUCUGUGGUGGAGUUGUCUGCUUUAUUGUCGUUGUUGGAAGGAAGAGAAAGGAACUGCGUCCAAAGAGAAAUAUGUGUAAUUUACAGACGAAUAUGGGCCUUGCGAGACAGCUUGGGUAGCAGAAGUGUUUCUGUGUCGCGGCAGCGGCAUAUCAAGUGCCUCCAUAUAUUGCUCGGUAGGCUCAGAGAUGUCAAACCCGCUGUUGCGGUCCACGCGGAAAGGCAGCGACAGCUGAGAAUUAAACGCUUGCUACAGCUGCAGGAGGUGGCUUUGAGGCAGCUGGGCGCUGGACUCUUCUGGCUGAGGAUAUCUCUGCAAACCCCUAUGAAUAAAAUCGAUGACGCCAACACUGCUGCUGCAGCUCCUGAGAGCGCUGCGAGGGCAAUUGACGGUGAUGCAUCAACGGCUGAAAGUGGCGCAGGGUCUCCUGAAGGUACUGAUACAGCUCCUGAUGGUGCUGCACUGGCGAUACAUACUAGGGUUGUUGCAGUAGUUAAGGCGAUUGAAAUCACAGUGCACAAACGCCGCGGACAAGUUCUACUCGAUGCGUUCCUCAGCCGUUGGCUGCGGGAGGUGCACGUAGGGGUCGCCCACUACGGCAUAACUAUGCCCGACGCUCUUGAACGGAUAAUCAAUGGACCUCCUAAAGCUCACCGCGAACUUUUCGAAGCCUUGCAGGCAACUCCCUUGGGGGCGGGAAACGAACCCUGGGAGAACUGGCAACUCGAGGACGCCAACACAAAGCAGAAAACUCCCUCCACCUCUGCCGGCGAGGCGUCUUCCCGGAGAAAGAAAGUGUCUACCGAAAAAUCAGCCCGCGCUCCUCGCGAUGCAGGACGACUAAACAGUUUCCACCGGAGCUCACAAAUAGAGACCGCCGCUGGUGGAUUUCCCUCCGUGUGCGGCUCCCCCACGGCAACAACUUCUCAUGCUGCUCAGGGGAGGCACAGAACCCUGCAGGAAACUAUUUCUCCCACAACAGUGUCUAGCAGUGCAGAAUCGGCUCUGCCCCCGCAGGUUCCGUCGCCCCCUAAGGCGGGGCAUCGCCAAGCCAACGCACUCCCUGCCAGUCUCGGACAAGCUGCUGUGUUUGCAUCUCUUUCUAGAAAUCCUAGAGCCCCGCCGGCCUUCAGAGAUACGAGUGCUUCUUUUUCCGCCAGAGUUUUCGAAUUUUCGUCGUCCACUGUGGCCUUCCAGAUACCUUCGCCGGUACCCUUUAGAGCGGCUGUUUCCUCUACUCCUCCUCACUCGUCUGAGGCCUUCACCCAACGGAAGACGGGUGUUGUUGCUCAGCUGCCCGUUGCUCCUGCCGACGUUUUUGGAUCGGAGGUUUCAAUUGCAGCACUUGCCCACGUACCUGUCUCCCCAGACAACAACCCUUUGCCAGAAGGCUCAGUCCCACCGCUCGAUGCCUUAGAGAGCUCAGUCGAAGCAUCAGUCCCCCGUUUGGGGCCUUCUUUUCUAGUUUCCGCCCACCAGCGUGUAGAUGGCGCACUCGUACAAUCUACUGGAGAGGCUCGGGGAGACUGGUCGUCUCAGGCAAAGGGAACACAAGAACUGGCUUUUCAAGACCCGGAAAAGUUCAUGUUGGAGCCUUCGAUAUCUUCGCUGCAGGCAUCACCUUCGCGGCCUGUGCCAGCCUCUAUAUCUACAGACGUGGAAUCACGUUUGACGUCAGACAUACAGCAGUCUGGAAGUCCCGUUGAUAUCUAUGGAACGCCAAUAAACUUUAGGGAAUGGGCACUGCCGCCAAGUGUUCCUGAUAGAUUUGUCGAGGGGUUGUUGACCAAUACCGAGCCCGACGCGCCAAACGCUGCAACAGUUGCUGCGGGAUUUGCUGCUCUUGCAAAACUCUUCAGUGGUUCUUCCGACCAACAGUCGGGCUGGAACAACACUCCCUAG